CGCUGUUUCCGUGUGUUAAUUCUUCCGGUGUACGUCACUGUGGAAAUGAAGUGUGUUUUUCCCUGACAAUUUUACUGAGCAUUUAUUGAAAUACAGAACGGGCUGACUGGUCUCGGGACCACACAUUCAAGUCCAGUGGGUUCGCCGUAGCUCAAGUCAACAUGGAUGUUCCCAUCGCCCCCGAAGAUCAAGAGCUGAGGAAUGUAAUUGACAAACUGGCCCAGUUUGUAGCUCGCAAUGGGCCCGAGUUCGAAAAGAUGACGAUGGAGAAACAGAAGGACAACCCCAAGUUCUCCUUCCUCUUUGGGGGAGAGUUCUUCAGCUACUACAAGUGCAAGCUUGCCAUGGAGCACCAGCAGCAUCCCUCUACCCACGAUGGGGAGGAGUAUAAAUCUGAAGAUUUGUACAACCCGGGCGCCAGUGAGGUGGUUGACAUCCCUCCUCCACCAAUGCCGAUGAUUGUUCCUCCUUCGGUUCCUCCGCCUGCCGCACCUGCCCUCGACGAGAUCAUCCAGCAGAGUCAGUGGAAUCUGCAGCAGCAGGAGCAGCAUCUCCACACGCUCAGACAGGAGCAAGUGACUGCAGCCAUAGCUCUGGCCAUGGAGCAGCAAACCCAGAAGCUGCUGCUGGAGACUCAGUUGGACAUCACAGAGUUUGACAACCUAUUGCAGCCCAUCGUGGACACCUGCACCAAAGAUGCCAUCUCUGGUGGUAAGAACUGGAUGUUCAACAACGCCAAGAGCCCACAGCACUGUGAACUGAUGACAUCACAUCUCCGCAACCGCAUCACUGCUGAUGCAGCGCAUUUUGAGCUCCGCCUACAUCUCAUUUAUUUAACCAAUGACGUUCUCCAUCACUGCCAGCGGAAACAGCAGAAGGAUUUGUUGGCGGCGCUGCAGAAAGUUGUGGUUCCCAUCUACUGCACCAGCUUCCUGGCUGUGGAGGAAGAGAAGCAGCAGAAGAUCACUCGGCUGCUGCAGCUCUGGGAGAAGAAUGGAUACUUUGACGAUGAGACCAUUCAGCAGCUCCAGAAUCCGGCUCUGGGGCUCGGCCAGUAUCAGGCCUCUCUGAUAACAGAGUAUGCUGCUGCGGUGCAGCCCAUCCAGCUGACCUUCCAGAGGCAGAUCCAGGCUUUGAAGACGCAUCACGAAGAGUUUGUUUCCAGCCUGAAGCAGCAGCAGCACCAACCGCAGCCACUGCAGCCGGCCCCUGUUGCACAACUAGCGACCCCCACUGAGCCCGAGCAGGCCCCGGCUAUGACUGCACAAGCAGGGGAAGUGAAGCCUGCCAUGUCGGGCCCUCCUUCAGGGGACUUUGAUGGAGCUUCCUCCAGACCGCAGGACCCUAGCAACACUAGUGGACCCUCAGAUAUCCCCCCCAACAAGCCUGGGUGGUAUGACACCCAGCACAUGGGCCCCUGGAACCCCAACCAGCCGCCUCCUUUUGACCCAAACCAGCCCCCCCCUCCUUGCCCGCCCUGGAACAGCCAUGAGGGGAUGUGGAAUGACCAGAGGGACCCAGGGAACUGGAGCGGGGGUCCACCCAGAGAAGGAGGCCCCUGGAGUGGUCCAGGUGGGUCUGAACCCGGCCCUCCAUCCUGGAACUCGUAUGACCAGCAGCCACCGUGGGGGAACCAGCCGGACCAGCCUCCCUGGGGCCAGAGGGAGCCCCCAUUUCCUCCUCGCAUGCAGAGACCGCCGCAUUUCAGAGGGCCCUUCCCUCCCCACCAACAGCCACCUCCUUUCAACCAGCCCCCUCCACCGCCACACAACUUUGGACGCUUCCCACCACGGUUCAUGCAGGAUGACUUCCCUCCCAGACACCACUACGACAGGCCGCCAUACACCCCCCACCGCUUUGACUACGCUCAGGGAGAGUAUCCCGGAGACAUACCAGGUCCUCCUCCUCCUCCUCCUCCUCCUCCCCCCCACCACCAUCCCAAUCAGAGGCCCCCUCCCCCAGGUAUUGGGGCUGAACAUCCCCCCUGGGGCGGAGGCCAGCACCAGGACUUCGGCCCACCUCCGCACGGCUUCAACGGCCAUUCGCCACAUGUGCGCCAUCGGCAGCACCCAGUCCCAGACGACCCGAGUCUGGUGCCCAACGUUCCCUACUUCGACCUGCCAGCUGGUCUCAUGGCUCCGCUGGUCAAACUAGAGGAUUAUGAUUAUAAACCUCUGGACCCCAAAGACAUCCGCCUGCCCCCCCCCAUGCCACCUAGUGAUCGACUGCUUGCUGCGGUGGAGGCUUUCUACAGCCCUCCAUCCCAUGAUCGGCCUCGGAACAGUGAAGGCUGGGAGCAGAACGGCCUGUACGAGUUCUUCCGGGCCAAGAUGAGAGCCAGGAGGAAAAAGGGACACGAGAAACGCAACGCAAGUGGUCGUGGAGGCAGCCGGUCCAGGAGUCACUCUCCCAGCAGAGGAAGGUCCUCGUCCCGCUCCAGCUCGCACUCGUCAAAGUCGUCCCGGUCUCGCUCCCGCUCGUCUCGCUCCCGCAGCAACUCGCGCUCCUACUCACGAUCCAGGUCCAGGAGUAGAUCCAGGUCCUCUCGGAGUCGCUCUCACUCCAGGUCCAAAUCCCGCUCGCGCUCACCCACCAAGAGACGUCGUGGCGCCAAAUCCCGGAGCUCCUCCCCUGCCUCCACGUCAGCCCUGGGCGGUGCUUCCUCCAAACUACCUACAGACAACAGGCUCGGGGAGGAGAACAAGGGCCAUCAGCUGCUGAUGAAGAUGGGCUGGAGUGGUCUGGGGGGGUUGGGGGCAAAAGAACAGGGAAUCCAGGACCCCAUCAAAGGAGGCGAUAUCAGGGACAAAUGGGACCAGUACAAGGGUGUGGGGGUGUCAUUGGACGACCCGUAUGAGAACUACCGCAGGAACAAGAGCUACAACUUUGUCGCCCGGAUGAAGGCACGAGAGGAAGUGAAUCGGGAACCACAGGAGGCCCCUCCAACUGAGUGAUGUCAUCAAACGGUGCCCAACCACCCCCUCAUCUUCUCUGCCGCCACCUCCGCCGAGGAUCUGAAUCUCACAUGUCCAACCAGGAUUCUCAUCCCAAAACUCUUUUCUCAAAAAUUUCCCAGUGAAGAUGCAAAGUACCACCACACGUGUGUCCCAGGAGAAAUCCUCCCACCUGCAGAUGGAGCCGUGAUCAUUGGCUUAAUUCAGCAGUCUUAGUCUGGAACUACAGUCUAAUGAAAACGUGGGGUUGUAGCUCAUAUUUCACUCCCAAUAUAUCAGAUUAGAAAUUUUAAAGACUGAGACUGACUCUUUCUAAAAGAGUGUGUAGGCAGAACAUUUCAGAUCGCUGCAGAACAUAAAUGGGACAAAUACAAAAAGUGAAAUUGAAGGGAACCUCUUUAAUUCAUCAGACACGUCAACAGCUGAAUGGAGAAGUUUUUAAUUUUGGGUUUUACAGUUUUCAUUUGUCUCAAGUUGCUUAGUUCUUAGAUCUCCUUUGCCCUCAUGGCGUCUCCAACAAAAUGCUUUCAGUUUGAUUUGCAGAGGACUUUGAAAAAAGUCAAUUUUUGAAGAACAAAAAACAAAAAAAAACAACACGGAUGUCUAUGUCCAGAUUUGAUGCCUCCUCCCUAAUCCAGAUGUUACUGUGGCAGGUGUCAGACUCAUCUCAUUGGCUGAUAUCUUGUAACCUCUGCAAAUACAACUGUAGAUGUAUAUAUAUUCUAGAUACAGUAUCUCUUGGAGGAUAUGUGAACCAACUUUUUCUUUUUCAGAUGUUAUGGUGGCUCUUGUUGGCUAUUCACUGCUGAUUAUUGUGAUACUUUUUCAUGUACCGCCUUCUCUAUAGUCAUAUGUACGUCUGUCAUUAAGUUGUAGUAUUAAAAUAAAUCCCACAACAAAAACGAA